AUGCCAAAUUCCAAAUCUCAGCGAGCCGAAAAAAUUUCAACAGACCAACUGACAGAUGAGACUCUGGAUGUCAUAAAUGAGAUGCUGAACAUCAUAGUCUCCAGGACUCAGGUGGGAGAGCUAGAUAAGGAUUUUAAAUACGCUAGAGGAGAUUUAAAGUAUUUUGGCGAGGGUAGUCAGUUGAAAGUGUCAAAGUUGGCGGAUACCCUAUAUGCCACUCUGAAGGAUGUAGUUGUGUUUGUAAUAAGUGAAAUGGCACGAGAUAGUUCAGUUGACAUCAAAUUUCAAAUGCCCAAAUAUACUAGUUUUGUUGGAUCGAUUGUGAAAUCUGUUGCUAUUGAUGUCAUUGCUCACAACGAUUCUUACCGCAAUUAUCUUGAUACCUUAGCCAAUUCGCAAGGUAAAUACCUGUUCGAUUCGGAUGACUCCACGUUUUUGAAUAUCUAUCGAGACACGGUGAUUGCGCUGAACGACCGUGGCUUUCUCUUCGAAGAUAAUCCCGAGCUUCAAAGCGUCCAGCACGAAUUUAAGGAGCUGAUCGACCUCGACAACCCAAUGAAUAAAAUAAACGGCUUAACUACACUCACCUGCAACACCGAAGACAUCGUCCCCGAACUUCCCCCUUCUGACUUUUCCGCAGUGCCCCCGAAAGGAGAAGAGCUCUCUGAGGAUGGUGCCGACACCCUCAACUCGCUCGAUGCAGUGCAUGGCAACUCGCGCAACCGCGUGAUUUUCCCCUAUCUUCGCCGGCUUUUCGAAACCAAAAAGUCCAUUCUAGUGACGCGUCGCCGCGUGGCGCAAGUCGCCGGCGUGGUGGAGCCGAGCGAGGCGGUGAAGCAGGCGUACGAAGAGAAAUACAACGAGGUUUGGGCGUCUUGCCAGCAAAUGCGAAUGCCGAACGACAUGAUCCGCGGUCACUGCAUGGUGGAAGCGAUCCAGUAUCUGCGCGAGCACUUCUCGAAGGAGGAGGUGGAUCUGAUGGAGCAAUAUUUGCAGUCGAUGAAGGCGUCGAUGCCGAAGUUUCGAAGGCGGUAUGUGAAGGUGCCGUCGGGGAAGCGACUGCAUUUCCCGGACGGAGUGAACGGAGAGUAUUUGAUGACCUUGCCUCCGGAGUCAUUGUAAGGCUGUGCGAUGUGUUCUUUAUUAUUCU